CGAAGCAAGAUGCAUUGCCUUACGAUAAUUAUUGCUCUUCUUGUCUUUGGAGAAUGUCGAGUUCUUGUGCAAGGUUCUUCAAUCAGGAGAACAGUUAGCCCUUGUUUUUCAAAACCAUGCCUGAAUGGAGGUGAAUGCCGAGUGUCUCGGAAGGACUUAGAUUAUAUCUGCCUGUGCCCUGAAGGUUUUCACGGAAAAAAUUGCCAAGAAGAAACAGGAGUAGAAACUUGCAAAGACACCAACGAGGUCCAAUGUCCUAUUUGGGCUGAUAGAGGCGAUUGCGAAACAAACCCGCACUGGAUGAAAGUAAAGUGUCAGAAAAGCUGCAACACUUGUGGGUGCGCAGACUCGAACGUCCAAUGUCCCGCAUGGGCUAAACUUGAUGAAUGCUUUAAUAACCCGCAAUGGAUGAAGCGUAACUGUAGGUUUAGCUGUGAGCAGUGCCAAGAGCCGCAGAUAGAGGCUUGAGUAACAAAGGAAAGAAAGACUUCACAGGAAAACUUUUUCGCAGUAUAGAGGCCGAGCUAAAAAGUAUAUUUGUAGAAUCAUCAAUAAAAUUGAUUAUUCU